AUGGAUUCUUCCAAGAGCCCAACAGACCACAGGGUCUCCAUCGACAAAAAUGUACAAAGCGAUGUGACGGUGGAUGAGUACGAAGCAUUUUUACAACUUAGUGAGCGAUUUCUCACUGAUCGACGAAAAGCCCUAUUGAGAAAGAUUGAGCUGACUCGCAUAGGAAAUGCAAAAUCAUUCGGUGCUCUUGAUGACCUAGGAAUCGAUGGACAACAAUGA